AUGGCGCGCACGGCGACGCAGACAUCAGCAUCGCCGGUUGCCCGGACGUUGCUCUUGUUCGGUCCGGGCGCCAUGACGUUUGACGAGGCCUACUUUGGUCGCAUCGCCGAGUUCGUGCAGAGCGACCCGGCCAGCCAAUGGGCCCCCCAGACCCUGCAAGAUGUGGCGAGCAACUGGGCCUUGCUGUGCGAGGAGAUUCCGAAUUUGCAGAAAAGUCAAGGAUUGAUCCAUGCAGAGAAACUGAUUCAGUGGCUUCGAACCGGGGCUGUCACACCGGCGUCAACUGUGGCGAGUCUCCCAAAUGCCAUUCUGGGACCGCUCGUAGUCAUCGCCCAGCUCGUCGAGUAUCUUCAGCACUUGGACUCAUCGACGCCAGACGGGCUCGACCGGGGUAAGUCCUUCCACGUGCCUCCGCCAGACAAGACGGAAACCGUGGGUUGCUGUCUCGGCGUCUUUAGCGCCUUGGUUGUAUCGUCGAGUUCUUCCUGGUCGCAAUUCUGUCACAACGCGGCCGCAGUUGUUCGAAUCGUCUUCAUCCUCGGGGCUCUCUCCGACGCGCAAGAUGCUGCAGACGAGUCUGGACCGUCCAUGUCUUUGGUGGCCUUUUGGAGAGGGGGCCAAUCGUUGAACGACUUGGACAGGAUAUUGGCCAAAUUUCCAGAGGCCUACGCUUCCGUCUUAUACGACGACAACCGCGCCACGGUAACAACGUCCACCCGCACCGUUGCCGCCUUGAGAAGCCAUCUGCAGAGCUCGGGGGUCACAACUAACGACACCGAGUUCCACGGCCGCUUCCAUGCAGGCAGCCUGUACGGAAGCGACCUGGAGCAACUACUCAGCUUCUGCAAGACACGGCCCGCCUUUCAGCUCGCCCAUGCUUCCCGUCUUGUCCUGCCCACCCGCAUCAACUCGGAAACCGUCCUCAGCGGACGGGAAAACCCUGUCGAGGCGGCGUCGCGCGCAUUCGUCGUCCAGCAGUUUGACUGGAUAAGGACAUUUCGAGCGGCAGUUUCCGGAUCCCUGCAAAACAGAGCCUCUCGCGUGAUUGAGUUCGGGCCUGAGCGCUGCGUGCCUCCGACUCUGCUUCGCAGGCUGAACAACCAGGUCACGCACUUUGAUUUUGAAAGUGGGGUCUCGAGCUCUCGCAGAAAGCAAAGCGCGCGGACUGCGCCGGCCAUAGCGGACAAUGAUGUGGCAGUCAUCGGCAUGGCCUGCAGCGUGGCCGGCGCGCAGGAUGUGGAUCAAUACUGGGACUUACUGCUCGAAGGCCGGUCGCAGCAUCGGGAGCUGGUCCCCAACGACCGCUUCGUCAUGGAAAGCGCGUUUCGGCCCCACGAGAGCGGAAACGACAAGAAGAAGUGGUUCGGCAACUUCCUCGACGACCACGAUGCCUUUGACUGCAGGUUUUUUAAAAAGUCGCCUCGCGAGGCUCUUCACAUGGAUCCGCAGCAGAGGCUGAUUUUGCAGACUGCGUACCAGGCCGUUGCUCAGUCGGGAUACUACCACAGACGCCGUGUGAACCGCCGGAUCGGCUGCUACAUUGGCUGCGUCGCCAAUGACUACGAGAACAAUAUUUCCCACACGACCCCCACGGCCUUCUCGGCCACGGGCGCUCUGCGCAGCUACAUUGCCGGCAAGGUCAGCCACUACUUUGGCUGGACCGGGCCGGGCAUGACCCUCGACACGGCGUGCUCGGCAUCCACUGUUGCCAUUGAUCUUGCCUGCAAGUCCAUCUUGAGCGGCGACUGUGUGGCCGCCUUGGCUGGCGGCACAAACUUUUACAGCACGCCCAUGUUCUUCCAGAACCUCGCUGCGGGCUCUUUCCUGAGCGCUACGGGACAGUGCAAGCCCUUUGAUGCCAGGGCAGACGGAUACUGCAGAGGAGAAGCGGUCGGCGCCGUCUUCCUGAAGAAGCUAUCGGCCGCGGUCGCUGAUGGUGACCAGAUCUUGGGCGUCAUCUCCGCCACCGCCGUCAACCAGAAUCUCAACACGACGCCCAUCUUUGUCCCCAACCCGGUCUCCUUGACCGACGUCUUCAGAACCGUCAUGCGGAAAGCCGGCCUGCAUGUCAAGGAUGUCUCUGUUGUUGAGGCGCAUGGAACAGGCACUCCGGUGGGCGACCCCGCUGAGUACGAUAGCAUUCGACAAGUGUUUGGCGGUCCUGAACGCGCAGGACUGAAGCCCUUACAGAUUGGGUCUGUAAAGGGUCUAAUUGGUCAUACCGAAGGCGCUUCCGGUGUUGUUGCCCUCAUCAAGAUCCUGCUCAUGAUGCAAGGUGGACGUAUUCCUCCCCAAGCCAGCUUCAGCACGAUAAAUCCUGCCAUCAAGGCCUCUUCCUCGGACAAAAUGGAAAUUACAAAGGUUUCUCUGCCUUGGGAAGGCAGCUCCAAGGUUGCUCUCAUCAACAACUACGGAGCAGCCGGAUCCAACGCUUCCAUGGUCAUCAAGCAAGCACCCCAGCUCGGGCCAAGGACGGAACUGGGCUCGCAACCCAGCGCAUCAAUCAAGUACCCAAUCUAUAUCUCUGGGCUUGACGAGAAAAGAAUACAAUCGUACGCGUCCAGGCUUCUGCAAUACCUAAAGUCAAAAGCCGAUUCCGGUGUUCAGCUUCGAAUCGAGCACCUUGCCUUUAAUUUGUAUCGGCAGUCGAACCCAUCGCUGUCCCAAGCUUUGAUCUUCAGCUCCGAUUCCUUGAAAGAUGUGGAGCAGAAGCUGGCUACCUUGAAGACCGUUUCCGUGCCAAGUCCGAGGCCCGUGAUUCUUUGCUUCGGAGGCCAAGUGUCCAAGUUUGUGGGGCUUGAUCAAGCGGUGUUUGACUCGUCGGCAAGUCUGAGAAGGUAUCUGGACGACUGCGAUGGCGUUUGUAAGGCCGUUGGUGCUGGGAGCAUCUACCCUGGGAUUUUCAGUCGGCAACCCAUCAGCGACCCGUCGGUUCUUCAGCCGCUUCUUUUCUCGAUCCAGUAUGCCACCGCAAUGGCUUGGAUUGAAUCCGGUGCCGAGCCAGCAGCUGUCGUUGGCCACUCCUUUGGCGAGCUUACUGCUCUAUGCGUUUCAGGAGCCCUGACUUUGGAGAGCGCACUGAAGUUGGUGCAUGGCCGGUCGAAAAUCAUCAGAGAUGCUUGGGGUCCCGAGAAGGGGUCGAUGAUGGCGAUCGAGGCUGACCAGGAUAUUGUUGACAAGCUGCUGCAGGCAUCCAAUGCCCUCAUCCCGGAAAGCGAAAGAAAUGGCGAGGCAGCGAUUGCGUGUUUCAACGGACCGAGAAGCUUCACCGUAGCUGGGUCGGUUGCCGCGAUUGAUGCCCUUCAGCAGGCCAUUUCGGCCCGGGAAUCUACUGAUGCUUCAUUGAAGCACAAGCGGCUGGACGUAACCAACGCAUUCCACUCUGCUCUCGUGGAAGGGUUGAGACCCCAGCUCGAGGCGCUCGGCCGCACCAUCGUCUUUGGUGAACCAAAGAUUCCCCUGGUCAGAGCAACACGACAGGAGGCCAUCGAAGCUCUUACCGCAGACUAUGUUGCCCAGCACAUGAGAGAAGCCGUUUAUUUCAAUGACGCUAUUCAGAGACUCUCCAGGAAGCACCCCGAGGCUAUCUGGCUGGAAGCUGGCUCCAAUUCCACCAUUACAGCCAUGGCAAGCAAGGCACUUGGCCUACCCAAAUCAUCUAGUUUCCAGGCCAUCAAUAUCACAAACACCAGCCAGGGUCUCCAGCAACUCGCUGAUGCCACCAUGAACCUUUGGAAAUGCGGACUACGCGUCGCUUUCUGGCCGCAUGCUCCAAGCCAGACGUACGAGUACCCAGCCCUGAUUCUUCCGCCAUAUCAGUUUGAGAAGCAACGGCACUGGCUCGAGUUCAAGCCACCAACCCAGCUGAUGAAUCGCCGAGAAUCCAUGACUGACUCGGCUGGAAGCCAGGCUGACAUGCCAGUAGCGGGCUUAUUUUCCUUCGUGGGGUUUUUGAACAGCGACCGAGAUGAGUUCCAGUUCCGCAUCAACAAGGCCGCGCGACAGUAUGCCCAAGUCGAAUCGCAGUACUUGCUGGCCAAUUCAAGUCGAUCCAUCCCUGUGGCCUUUGCCGUUGAUUUGGCCAUCCAGGCCAUUACCGACAUUCGGCCAGAGCUAGCCAAGCCCGGGAAUCUGCAUCCUCAGAUUUUCAACGUCGUAAACAACCAGGAAAUAACCGACGCUGCCCGAGUACUUUUUCUCAACUUCGAAAAAAUCCACGCUGAAGCCCAGGGCUGGUCGUUCAAGUUCAUCAGCAAGUUCGACAACGCACCGAUCACUCAUCUGACAGGUCAACUGUACUUCAAGGCUAUCGAUGACGCUCAUUCUUCCCUCGAGUUCAGCAGGUAUGAGCGUCUCGUCAGCCAUGAUCGUACUCUCAACGCUCUACGAAACACCGAAGACGCCGAGCAUGUCAUUCAGGGACAGAGCAUCUACAAGGUCUUCUCGAAUAUCGUCGAAUACGGGGACAUGUUCACCCUGCUGCAGAAGCUAGUUGGUAGACGCAGCGAGUCGGUUGCCAAGGUGAUCAGCAGACGCUCUCCAGAGACAUGGUUCGACUUUGCACUCGGUGAGAGCUUCACGCAAGUGGCUAGCAUUUGGGCGAAUUGCAUGUCUCCGGAUCGCAAUGCGGCAAGUGGUACCGUCUACAUUGCCAGUAGCAUGGAACAGUGGAUGCGAUCGCCCGAGACGCUGCAAGAAAUCAGCGCCGGCCGUUAUGACUACAAGAGCCCCCGGGAGUGGCACGUGUUGGCCCAGCACAAGCUCGUCAAGUCUGAUGCGUCCUUUAUCACCGACAUCUUUGUCUUUGACGCCAAGACGGGCUCUCUGGAGGAAAUCGUGCUUGGGGUUCGAUAUACCGCAGUGUCAAGGUCCGUUCUUUUGACUAGCGCAUCCAUCCCGACCCAGCCGUCGGUUGAGGUGCGCGCUGGUUCGAGUUUCGUGCAACCUGUUCCUGAAGCCAAGGAAGUACUCUUCCAGCCGCAGGCUGCUGCAAAGGAUCCAUCACCCAUCAGAGCUUUGCGAGGUCCCCGGAAGAAUGCCAAGACAGAAAUUUGGCUGAAGCUUCUGCCCGUCUUGGCAGACAUCUCUGGCCUGGACCCCGAAGAGAUCAAGCAAUCAGACACUCUUGCGGAUAUUGGAAUCGACUCACUCAUGGGGAUGGAAAUGGCCCGCGAGGUGGAAACGACCUUCCACUGCACAUUUGAGCAGUCCGAGCUUGUCAGCCUCAUUGACGUGCCUGGAAUUCUUGAGUUUCUCCAAAAAACUCUUGGCUCAGACGAUGAUGAUUCUUCUGACACCUCGCUUGACGAGAGUAACGACAGCUUCAGCAACGGCGGCACGCCCUCGACUCCCAGCACCGUGGCGGACAACAUAGAAUACUCAGCCAAGUACAGCUGCGACCAGUCGUCUUUUGACCUGCCUCCCACUGUAGUCCUCGAUGCCUUUCGCGAGUCCAAAUCUCACACUGAUUUCUUCCUUGAAAGCCACGGAUGUGCCGGUUACCUUAGCGGCGUAUCCCAGAAGCAAACCAGGCUGUGUUUAGUUCUCACCAGCGCGGCGUUCAAGAAGCUGGGCUGUGACCUCGAGGCGGCUCAGCCCGGCCAGGUGCUGCAGGCCGUUCCGUGUGUCGAGCGGCAUCGCAGGUUCCACCAGUAUCUCUACAAGAUGCUGGAAGAAACUCGAAUCGUCAACAUCGACGACGGCGUCAUUACCCGCACACCCAUUCCGCUACCGUCGCAGACCGCGGAGGCCAUUCUCGCGGAUUUGAUGAAGCACCACGCAGACAAUGGCUCGUCUCACCAGCUGACGUACAACGUCGGCUCCCGGAUGGCUGACGUCCUGUCGGGCAAAGCCGACGGCCCUGCAUUGAUCUUCGGAGACGCCAAAAACCGCGAGCUGGUGGCCAGCUUCUACGGCGAGCUUCCCUUUAACAAGUUGUGCUUUGAGCAAAUGGCCGACUUUUUGACGCGCCUGGCCGGCAAACUGGGUCUUGCUUCGCAGAGCCGUACAACGCUCAGGAUUUUGGAAAUGGGAGCUGGAACGGGGGGCACGACCAAGGUGCUCGUGCCGGUGCUGGCCAAGCUCGGGAUCCCCGUCGAAUACACAUUCACGGACCUGUCGCCGUCCCUAGUUGCCCAGGCCAAGAGAAAGUUCAAGCAGUACCCGUUCAUGAAGUUUGCCGUCCACGACAUCGAGCAACCGCCGGGCGAUGCCGACUUGAUAGGUUCUCAGCACGUGGUCAUUGCCAGCAACGCCGUUCACGCCACGCACUCUCUCAACGUGUCUGCACAAAACAUCCGCAAGUUCCUGCGUCCCGACGGAUUUCUCAUGAUGCUGGAGAUGAUGGGAACCUUGCAUUGGGUCGAUGUGGUUUGGGGCACCCUCGAAGGUUGGUGGCUCUUUGACGAUGGUCGAACGCACGCCAUUGUGGACGAAGCGCGCUGGGAAAAGGAACUCCUUGGAGCAGGCUACAAGCACGUUGAAUGGACGGACGGCAAGCUGCCCGAGGUGCGCGUGCAGAGAGUCCUGAUUGCCCUGGCUUCUGAAUCGGGCGACGAGAUUGACCGCCUGCCAUCGUUGGCGAGCAGCAUUUCGGCUGAAGAGGACGGCGACAGCCACCAUGGUUUGCCCCCUGGAGAAGCCACGGUUCUGAAACAGGUAGCAGCCAGCUACGUGGAGAGUUCGACACGAGGGUUUUCGAUUCCUGAGUCCUCGGGAGAAGCCCCCGACAACGCGAAGGAGGUGCUCAAGGUCGUGUUGAUUACCGGCGCCACCGGCAGCCUUGGCAGCCACAUCACCACUCAUCUUGCCAGUUUGGAGUCGGUCGACAAGGUAUACUGCCUGAAUCGCCACGGUCAAAUUCCCGGUGCCGCCAAGGCUCGUCAGAAGGAAGCUGUACGGGAUCGCGACCCCCGACGACGCCAAAUUCAAUCCCUGGAAUCGAAACACAUCUACUUGGACAACGCGGCAAUGUCAAAGAUUACAGUGAUGGAGACGGAUUCCUGGAAGCCCAGGCUAGGCUUGAGCGACGACCGUUACCAAGAACUUGUCGACAACGUGACGCACAUCAUCCACAACGCCUUCCCUGUCAACGGUUUGAUUCCCCUCAAGCAAAACGAGCCUCAAUUCGCCACGAUGCGCAACCUCGUCGAUCUUGCAGCCGCGGCGACGGCCCGACGCCACGUCAACUUCAAGUUCACGUUCCAGUUCAUAUCGUCCCUUUCGGCCGUCGGCCGUUACCCCUUUGUCCACGCUGGCAAGCGUCAAGUCCCAGAGGAACAUUUGGAUAUUGAUAGCGCUCUUCCCAACGGAUAUGGAGGCGCAAAGCAGAUUUGCGAAAGAAUCCUGCGCGACACGCUGGGCCGUCGACCCGAUCGGUUCCGCGCCAUGACGGUGCGACUUGGGCAGCUCUCCGGGUCGACCGAGACCGGCUACUGGAACCACAUGGAGGUCCUGGGCUUUCUCUUCAAGUCGGCUCAAACUCUGCGCUUGUUGCCGACUAUUGACGGUGUUCUUUCCUGGCUGCCCCUGGAGGAGGCUGCAGGCGCACUUGCCGAUCUGCUGCUCCGCGAUGGCCCAGACUGCUAUCCAGUCUACCAUUUGGACAAUCCCGUGCGGACGGCUUGGAACACCAUGAUUCCCGUGCUCGCAGAAGCGCUCGGGGUGCCGCAAAAGGGCCUCGUCCCUCUGGGCGAGUGGCUCAGACGAGUCCAGGCAUACCCCGGCGAGAAUCCGUGGGACAACCCGGCAGCCAAGGCUCUCGACUUUUUUCAGCACAAGUUUGAGCACAUGUCUUGCGGGGGGGUUUUGAUGGCGACGGAAAGGGCUCAGGAACACUCGGCCACGCUACGAGCUGCGCGGCCGAUUGAUGAUGAGGCGGUGAAGAAGCACAUUGAGGUUUGGAAACGGGCUGGAUUUUUGCGGUAG